CAGAGCGCUUUACGACAGAGUUGCUUUGUGGCAGCUGUAGAGGAGGAAGAUGGCGGACACCUUAGUAGCUGCUCGCGGAGUAGGACCUGCACCGGCCUGGGGGCCAGAGGCCCUGACCCCAGAUUGGGAAAACCGGGAAGUCUCCACAGGGACCACAAUCAUGGCUGUGCAAUUUAAUGGGGGCGUGGUUCUGGGAGCGGACUCCAGAACAACUACUGGGUCCUACAUCGCCAAUCGAGUGACGGACAAACUAACUCCUAUUCAUGAUCAUAUUUUCUGCUGCCGCUCAGGCUCAGCAGCUGAUACCCAAGCAGUAGCUGAUGCUGUCACUUACCAGCUUGGUUUUCACAGUAUUGAACUGAAUGAACCUCCGCUGGUGCACACAGCUGCCAGCCUCUUUAAGGAGAUGUGUUACCGAUACCGAGAAGACCUGAUGGCAGGAAUCAUCAUUGCAGGCUGGGACCCUCAAGAAGGAGGGCAGGUGUACUCAGUUCCCAUGGGAGGCAUGAUGGUAAGGCAGUCCUUUGCCAUUGGAGGCUCCGGGAGCUCAUAUAUCUAUGGUUAUGUUGAUGCUACCUACCGAGAAGGCAUGACCAAGGAAGAGUGUCUGCAGUUUACUGCCAAUGCUCUCGCUUUGGCUAUGGAACGGGAUGGCUCCAGUGGAGGAGUGAUCCGCUUGGCAGCCAUUCAAGAAUCGGGGGUAGAGAGGCAGGUACUUUUGGGAGAUCAGAUACCCAAAUUCAGCAUUGCCACUAUACCACUUCCCUGAAUCCUGUAUUCUAGGACACAAUGAGAGACAUCAUGAGAAUACAACAUUUAAUAAACAGUUUGUCAAGAGAA